UCUUUGUGGAGAAAUCACUGGUCCCUCAACCCGGAUGCUGUGCCACAACUAUCGAUAAUUUCCCCCAGUGCGCAGCGCUGUAGGCUGAGGAAGGGGCGGAAAUAUUUCAGUACCCUUGAAGCGGACAGCUCUUGUCGGAUCCCCACGCUUCUGACCACCGGGCUCCGCAUCCGAGCCUGGAGAGCAGGCAAGAUCAUAAUUUAUAGCUACCUAAGAUAGGGGAGGGUAAAGCGGCCACAUAAACGCAAACACCUCCUUGCUCUUGGAAGAUCGUGACCACUUUCACGCCGUUUUAGCCGUAGUGGAAGGGUGAGAAAGAGGGAGGAAGAAAGGGAGCAGAGCAUCACUACAGAGAGAGAUGGCGGAGUGCGGGCGAAAGGCGCUGUCUCUCCUGGAAGCGGCCCGGUCCCGGUACGAGAGCCUGCAGAUAUCCGACGACGUGUUCGGCGAGUCCGGGGAUGACAGCAGCGACAAUCCCUUCUACAGUACCUCCGGAGACUCCGACUCUGACAACUACAUAGCCGAGGUAGGCGAGGAGGACCAGCACCACCACCACCACCAAAAACGGGGCGGCAAGGAGAGCUGCGGGCAACGCGGGGGAGCAGGAGGUGGCGGCAGCGGGAGAAUCGGAGCCGGUCCCCCGGGCUCUCUGUCCCGUAGUCAGGCAGAGGAGGAGGGCUGGACGGAGACUCUGCAGGAUGUCACGGUGCCGCCGUUUAAAGAGACAUAUGGCCCUGCUCAGAAGAUGCCGGUCACCGCCACGGCUUUGGACUUCUUCCAGCUCUUCGUCCCAGACAAUUGCAUCCAAAACAUGGUCACCCAGACUAACAUGUAUGCCAAGAAGUUCCAGGAACGCUUCGGCUCAGACGAAGGCUGGCGUCCUGUCACAGCCCAGGAGAUGAAGGCCUUCCUGGGCUUUGUCACCUCCACCAGUGUGCACCGCUGUGAGUCGGUGCUCAGCAUCUGGAGCUCAGGCUUCUUCAGCAACCGGAGCAUCGCCUUGAAGAUGAGCCAGGCGCGCUUUGAAAAGAUCCUCAAGUACUUCCACAUUGUGGCUUUCCGACCGUCACAGGGAAGCAACCAGGGCCUGUACAAGAUCCAGCCCUUCCUGGACUCGCUGCAGCAGUCGUUCAGCUACACCUUCAGACCUUCACAGACACAGGUUCUUCAUGAGCCAUUGAUAGACGAGGAUCCGGUGUUCAUUACCACCUGUACGGAAAGAGAGCUGAGGAAGAGGAAGAAGAGGAAGUUCAGCCUCUGGGUUCGACAGUGUACCUCCACCGGAUUCAUCUGUCAGAUCUCAGUCCAUCUGAAGGAGGGCACAGACGCUCUGGCCACCUUGAAGAACAAACCUCAGCUCCACAGCCUUGUGGCCAAGCAGCUCUGCCAGAACAUCUCCGGCAAGAACAGCAUCAUCUUCACCGGGCCGUCCAUCACUAGCCUCAGCCUCUUCACUGAAUUCAGCAAACAAGAUAUCUACUGCUGUGGACUGCUGAGCACCAGGAAGAGUGACUGUACAGGCUUACCACAAAACAUGCUGGUCUGCGGCUCCACGCCAGCGCAGCGCGGCCAAUCACGAGUAAUGAUGAAAGGCAGCAUGUCACUGAUCAGCUGGUACAACAAGGGACACUUCAGGUUUCUCACCAACGGCUAUUCCCCAACAAAACAAGGUAUCAUCAUUAAGAGGAAAAGCGGGGAGAUCCCAUGUCCCUUGGCUGUUGAGGCCUUUGCGGCGCACCUCAGUUACAUCUGCAAAUAUGACGACAAGUACAGCAAGUACUUUAUCUUCCAUAAGCCCAACAAGACCUGGCAGCAGGUGUUUUGGUUGAGCAUCAGCAUCGCCAUCAACAACGCGUACAUCCUCUACAAGAUGUCUGACGCCUACACGGUGAAACGCUACAGCCGAGCGCAGUUUGGAGAGAGACUGGUCAGAGAGCUGCUGGAUUUAGACGACUGCUCCCCCACACAGUGAGGAGGAGGAGGAGGAUGAGGACAGCAGGAGCGCGCACACACACACACACACACACACAACAAAAAAACACACGCGUGCACACACACGCGUGCACACACACGCACACACACUAACACAAUCCCCACACAUGCAUUCACACUUCAUUAUAGUUGUACGGACUCUGCAGUCUAUGUCUGUGUGAUAAUACUGAAGCAGUGCCAAGCCUGGCAUGUCUCUCUUCCUCUAGUUGUUUUUCGUGGUACUGUAAAUAUUCAUUAACACAGGACUGCACACUAUACAAUAGAGAAUCGUGAGCCAUGGGACAGUUCACAUGCCUCAACUGCAACUUUUAACCACACAGUUUUACUAAGGAUUUGUCAGCAGGAGAUAUUUCACAAGCAGAGAUGCAGGCGAGAACAAUGAAACCGGGACGGAUUUACCCUUAAAUGAUGUCAGCUUCGAGUCUUAUCAGAGAGUGAAGUUAUCAAUAUGAGCCUGAAAUUACCCGUGGGUGUGUUCAAACGCGUCAGGCUACAUGUAGCUCGAUAUUUACACUCUGCAAAAACACCUGGGACCCUGUAACAAAAGCUUAGUAAACCAGGAUGAUGGUGUAUUCACACGCUGCAUGCAUAAAGAAUGUGGAUUGUGAUGUUCUCUUGUUCGGUGUGAAUAUGGUUUCUGCUUCAGUUGGGUUUUGAAACAUUUUUGUGUGUGUGUGUGUAUGUAUUAAGGAAGUGGAACUGCCAUUUGUGUGUGCGACGUUGAGUUGACGUUGAGGAUGUAAAUGUACGGCUAUUGUGACCCAGAUGUGUCGUGUUGCUGCAUACUCGCUAGAGGAAGACUGUCGGGUGAUGUACAGCCACACACAGCAGUGUGCCACCCAUUCACAGCCUCCCAUUUGAAAAGAGCCCAGAAAAUACUUUUAAAAAACAACUCUUUCAGAUGUCUUUCAGCCUCUGAAAACUUGGUUUCCAAUUUUGAGUAUUUCUCUACAACGUUAAAUAUGCAUUAUUAAAAAGUCAACAAUUACAGUUUGGGAGAAAAAAAAAACAUUCUUUCUUUUAUUUUUUUAUCAAGAGGUUAACAUUUAAAAACUCAGCGAAUCUGCUUCAUCAGGACUGUGUGGUUUGAUCAGAUUUGUUGACAACAUAAAGUAACAAUUCCACAACAGUUUUUUCUUAAUUUAAGAAUUCUUAAAUCAUGAUUGGUGUACCGAAAUACAUGACCCCACUCUCUUCAAACCAGUGAGCAAGAGACAAAAAAAUAAAUCCAUACAUUUCUCAUAAUGUUAAAUAACCAAAACUGUUCCAACUUUGGCAGAAAAUGCUGUGCUCAUGUAGGAUUACAUUCCUCGUAGUAAGAAGCAGAUUGAUGAAAUUGGUUUUUCAGGGUCUUUAACAAAAAUAAAUCUAACAAUAAAUGCCGUCAAAUCUGCAGCCUACUUUUGUACCACCAACACUUUCAAAGGCAGAUAAACUCAUCUUAUUUGUCUGUUUUAUCUGUGCUUUGCAGGGCACCACAAGUUUAAAAUCUGCUUGAUUGAAUGUUAAGUAAACCAGUGUUGCUAAGCAACGAGUACAAUCUUGGCAAGUCAGCAGGGGUUUGGAUAGUAUUGCUUGGCAAGAUUUAGGUACAGGAAGGAAAGAUGGACUCACUGGUGGCUCAUAAGAUGUCCCAGAAAACCAAAUGUUGCAACAAAUCUUAAUGUAGAUAAACAGCUCAGAUUGGUGCCCAAAUCUUAUCAGGAACUCCAGAAGUGAACCGGACAAUUUCAUCUAAUACUUUCUCAUCUGAAAUAGAAGCAAGGAAAUUUUGUUUUGUUUCUUUUCUUCCAGUGGCACAUUUCUUGCCAACAGAUUUAGACCUGCCACCUCGUGUCCAGCCAAUGGAAGUUUUUAUUUGAUUAAAAUGCACUUACUGUCUUCUGACCAUAUAACUUUACCACACUGCUGUCUGUAGCUUUAAUGAGGACUCUACAGUCCACUUUGCUUUGCUUAACAUGUUAUGCAGUCAACGUUAUUGUCAUGCUUGUAUCAAGUUGUGAAGAUUUUAAGUGAAGGGUUUUGUUGUGUGCUUGCUCCGUCAGCAUGGUUCGAUGUGUGAAUAGAGUAAGAUGACGGUCUUUUAUGCUGGUCGAGUUGUAGAAUGAUUGGAACGCUGGCAGGACUCAUGCACUUUCUCCCAACACAGUCUUGCACUUCGAGGAAAGUUGUAAAGUUAGCAACAUGUUUACUAGAUAAUCCUUUUAAUUAUGAACCCAAUGAUAGUACACACUGCUCUCAGAAAAAUAUGGAAAUCAUGAAUAGAUAAGUUAUGUAAAUAUACGUGGAUAAAUGAAAUGGAUUAUAUAAAAAUACGCCAAUGAAAAUAAGACUGAAAAUGAAUGACUAUAACCAAAAUAGAAAAUAUUUCCAUUGUAGAUACAGAGUACAAGGUACAGUAUGUGUGUGUAUAUUUUGUUUACAAAUUACUGUACUGAGUGUAUGUCAAUAAUCACUGUCACUGAGACUUAAGAUUGUGAUUUUUUUUUUUUCACUAAUCCAAAGCAUCGUUGUGGUCAUUGUGGCUCUUGUCGUGUAAUCACCUCGAAGUAACACUGUUAAUCUUAGGAGGCACCCCUGUCAUGUCAUGUAGUUAUCAACUCGUGAUUUUAAUACAAUGUUCAUUAGUGACUAAUUACACACACGUUUAGUAUGACAUUGAUUGGGUCGUAUGAAAACACAUGCAACAAUUCCAAAAAUCCAUCCUGCCCAUUACACUGCAUAUGUCCGAUAUUGGUAAUAAAGAAAAUAAAACUCCACACUACUAAAAAAAAAAAAACCUCUUGAAACAUUUUAAAGAGUAACUUAAUGCCUCAUUGAAUAGCAGUUUCUUUACUGAUUUCCUUUAAGUCACCUCUGAUGUUGGUUGUGGUCAGAAGUGUGCUCUGUAACACACCCACCAGUGAUGUCACAGUGGAGUGCAGGGGCGUCGGACUGGGGGGAAAAAGGGGACUGAGUACCCAGGGCCCUCAUGUGAGGAGGGCCCAAAAAGAUGCUAGAAUGAAUAGCUGUGGAUACGGGGAGGGGCCCAUAGAAAAUGCCUUUCUACAGGGCCCAGAAUUUUGUGCUACGCCCCUGGUGGAGUGCACUUCUACAUCACUGCAGCAAGGUGAGAUGUUAAGUUAACCCACUGCAGGUCAGAAAAGCCAACAUUUUAGGAUGGUGUUUGGUUGCUCUUUACAGCAAAUCUACUCAAUAUCGAUCACUGCAAUAUUUGGUUGAUGGUGUAUUUUUCAUAUUCCCAUUAAUAACUGACUGAACUGAGAUGUUGAACCAACAUAUGUCCCUUGCAACAUCAGUGAUAUUUGAUAUAAGAAUUGUUGUAGCUUCCUGAAAUAUCGAUGAUAACAUAGAAAGUAUAACCAAUUACCACUGAGACUAACCUCAGAAGCCUUGAUACAUGUGUGUGUACCUGCAAAGCAUGUUGUAGUCUGAGUAAGGGGCAUGGAUGCGAUCAUCACUGACUGAAGCAGGAAUGGAUGAGGCAGGUUGAUAAUAAUAAAAUCCAGCUCUUCAAAGCAAAAUAACCCCAGGACUGCAUCACAGAAAAUUGUGAAGCACAUAUAACUGUCAAGAGUAUCCUAGGGGGGAAUACUUCCUUUACAGUCUGUCAUACAUAGAAAAAAGAGCUGCACCUGUGAAUGAGCAUUCAAUCUGCAGCUCAUGGAAGCACGUGUCACACAUAUACCUUUUAGACCGCAAAGGAUGUGUGUGACAUAUGCAGAGGUUGUCUGUAGUGUUUAUAUCGCUUGGCUCAGACCACGCAUGAGAAGGAAUUAUGCACCAGAGACUCUGCAAGGCCACAAUUAGUUAGCAACUAAUUAUAUGAGUAUAAGAGGAAGGAAAAGUGGUAGUUCUCAAGUUUUUCUGCCCAUAUGGUAAUAUUGUUAUCACUCCAACUGCAGACUGAGAGCUGAGCGUCGUCUCUUUUUUAUCUAUCAGAAGAGAAGGGCCGAGGAUCCUCCCCAUGAUGCUUUUGUUCAGUUAGUUCAGAAGAGGGUUGUGUUUUAGCUCAUGUAGAUCAGAAACAUGGCUUCAUUUUAAAUUCUCAGGUUGAUCUCUGAAGUGAUUAUUCUUUCCAGCCGGCUCUAUUGACCAGCCAUGAAUCAGAUAUUUCUAUAGUGCCUUUUCUGCUCAUUUUCCCACUCUCAUUGCCGUGGUUUAGUGUUGUUGAUGUCCUGAAAUGUAGUUAAUGUGAAUAAUUAGAACAGAUUAGAUUUUUUUUUUUUUUUAAAUGAAUAUGGCAAAAUCCUGUUCUCCAUGGUGAGUAAUAGAAACUAGAGAAAUAAAUCUAUCACCUCUGCAGUAGAGUUUUAGAUGCUGGAAAUGUUUUAUGCAGCUCUAUGCCCUUGGUCCAUUGUUGUAAUUUUUCACCUCAAGUAAUAUUUCACAUUUUCACACAAGUGGUGUCACUGCAGUCAACACUACAUCCUUUAAUGUGAGUUUUUAACACAUCUCAAAAACAUAAAUAUGUCCAAAUAAAAAUUCCUUAUGUAUUGGGUAAUUUUACCUGUUCAUAAAACAUUAUAACGGCAGAAGAAAUGACAGCAGAUCCCAGUGAUGUAUGUUUUUGUUUACAUGGGUAAACUACUAUGUAGAAACCUAGUUUGUAUUUUGGAGAAAAGAGGUGAGCCCCACUAAAGUCAGAACAUCCCAUCACCAAAUAUAGCCUUAUAACAAAUUAUAACCGCCAAUAUGAAAGGCAGAAGAGAAAUGUCACUGACUUGUUGCAUUAUGUCACUUACUAUAACAGUGUGGACGUUUUUCCUCUCCAUUUUCUACCUUGUGUCCUUUUACUAGGAGCAGAGACGUCUCAUAUCUUUCAUUUAUGCUCGUUCGUUUUUAUCAGAUGAGCAAAUGGGACUAAAUAUGGGAAGAAGCGGGGUGCUGUGCAACCGCUAUGACAUAAACAUUUGUCUUUCAUCCAGUUUUGUCAGACAUAUGAUAAUCCCAAAUCACUUGCAAACUUGCAAAAAAAAUGCCAUAAAAUACAGUAAAUCCCCCUCACUGUCAGUUGUUUUGUGGUAACAAAAUGCAGUGGUGUAUAUAAGAUGUGUGUGGUCUGCUGUAUGUGCCAGUAUGCCAUCUCUGUGCAUUCUGUCUGUGUUUAUAUCCAGCAGGUGUGUCAUAAGAGUGAGUAAAGAUAUUUAAUAUGCUAAGUCAUUAACUGUGGAUGUGAUAAAGAAUAAAAAUGUCUGACCUCAGGGCUUCAAUACUAACUGCUAUAUAAUAUAUUCACUUACUGAAAUAAUAUACAUACACUAAAUGGACCUUAUCGGGUGCUAUCAAACCACUGUACAAGUAAUAGUAGAGUUAGAUUUGUUGUUGUUGUUAGGAGCUCAGCAACCAAAUAGUGAACACCAUGCAGGGUCACAUAGUUCACAAUUUUUCAGAUAAAAUGUCAGAAAUAUUAAUGUGACCAGGCACCAAAAGCAAACUUUAACUGUUCAGGUGGUAGCCAACUGCAGUCAACAAUUUCACUUCAUAGGAUUCUGGUUUGUAAUGAUGGCUGCAGGAUGUUAAAUACUGUGGGCUAAAGUGUUAUCUAGUUUCACAGAAGCGCCAGAAAAUUGUGUGUAUGUGCAUGUAAUGUUAACCUUGGGUGGAAUAAUAUGUGUAAAAAUAACUGGUGUACACUGGACCAAAUAACUUUCUCAAAGUAUGUGUGGUGAUGAGUUGUACAAGGGUUGUCAUGUAAAUGUGUGUCUUCAUUAAAAACUCGAUGCUCCUUUGAAGAUUUGGAGAAGCUUACACUGUAGCACAUGAUUGGAAGUUACUAGGAAGGCGCAGAUUCACUUUACUUUUCUUGAUUUGAGUGCAGAGCCUGUGUUUACUAAGCCUCUAUGAUUAUAAAAGAAGUUUCUGUGCAAUGCAUUAUCUUUCCACGUUAGCUUUUAAUUCAGCAAGGAGACUCAAAGAUACACGUCUCCUGUUCAUAGUUAGGGACUGUACGGAAAUUAUUGGGGUGGGAAUGGAGUUUAUAUUUAUUUUUCUAAAACACUACUACAACACCCUCUCCCCUAAAACUUAAAAAAACAGUAUUGACUGUUCUCUGCAUAUGGCAAAACACACUUUUAUGAUCAAUUUAUCCAUUUAUUUUAUACAUGAUAAGUCUCCCAAGGGAAGGCUGAAAUAAUGUAUAACUAUGCGCUUGGAAAAACACAACAGACGCUCCCACGUUCUCCCAAAACAUGGUUAAAAUACCAUCCCUUCAGCAAAAAGAAAAUGCCAAAUCCCCCUUUAUUGACCAUCAUCCCGCCUUGAUAACUUCCACAGUCCCUCAUUGGUCAAAAUGAUCCACACACAAGAUGCAAGACUACUGUGUGAACUCUGUGUUCAACCGCUAUUAAAAAAGUUGUUUUUAUUGUUAUGUGCUGGAGGCAUCUGCACUGCUACUGUAGAGAUUGCUUGUUGGUUAACCUGGAGAACUGUUCUACUUCAUGAUUGCCUGCCAAAAAGCCCAUGUGAUGUUUGCCAAGACUUUGAUGCAUAUAUUUUGCCUUCAGCAUUCAAGGAACUAAACCUGUCAGUUAACCUGAAACAGUACACUGCGUAGCUUAUUUGUUGUUAGGUAAUGAUGUCAUCAUGCCAUUUCUUACCUUGUUUGACCAAUGAAUGGAAUUUUAAAUGACUGCCUCUGCAGUGUACAGCUCCCUCUGUCACUUGUGCAUUCAUAACGAUAUGCUUCCUGGCAAGGACUGAUGUUGUUGUGAAGUGUGUGACUACGCUCUCUGCUUCCCUGUGAGCAUUUUUCUUUUGGUUUGAAAAGCUGUCAAGGUUAAAACUGGGCUACAUGUGGCUAAUAAAAAAUGUUAUGUGUAAACCUUGACAGCGUUUCACCAGCUAAAACUCACUGCGUUCUGUCUUGCCUAUACUUAAAGCUCUGUAGAUUUGCCACCAUUUUGCACACACAGUAUCUAAUAAAUGUUCAAGUUUGGUACACAUGUCAUGCCAUUGUGAUUAUGGAAAGUAUUUAAUGUGUUGGACUUGCAUUGCAUGGAGAAACAGCAUGGGGAAAUCCCAUUGUUGAUGCAAAGGUGGGUGGUACUGUGUAUUGAAUCAGAGACUCUGAUCUAAAUAAUGACAUAAACAAAACUCACUCAUCACA